CUUUUUAACUAUUAUUAUUUAUUAUUAUUUAUUACUAUUACAGUAUUACGCAAAGGGGAGCAAAAUAUUCGUUUGAAAUCGUUAUUUUCUGUAUAACUUGAUAAUCGUUAUAAAAUAUGAUAAUCAUUACUCGUAUACUCAGGCCUGUCCUAAGGACGGAGCGAGCAGGGCACACACGCCUGGACUCACACUCACGCACUUGAAAAAUCUUAAGUUUUCCUUAAAUACAACGAUUUAUAUAUUUUUAUUUUCUUAUUGGGUUAAGGCUGUUAAAAGCGAAUCAUUUUUAAGGAGUCGUAUUUAGGCAAUAAUCCAUAUCCACCGUGAGUUAUGACUUAUGCGUGACUGUGCAAGCCCGGAUUAAGGGGGGGAGUCCAGAGGGGGGGCAUGGCCCCCGGGUUUUGAUAGUUAGAAUUUAUUUAGGAGCCUCAGAUUUGUCCAUUAUUUUUUUCGUUAUAGGCUAUAACACUGCAUAAACCACCUAAAAAAAAAGUCGAUGAUUAUUUAGCGAGGAAAAGAGCUUGUAAAUUAUAAUUCAUAAAUAAAAUGUAUUGUGUAUAGAAAUUUGUUAAUAUAAACAUUCAGUGAAGAUUUCAUGUAUCUACAGUUAAACAAAAAAAACUUAAUUUGGCUUAAUCAAUGUCACAAAUUAAAAAAGCCAAGGAAGCCGAGAAGUAGUGAUGAGAACCCUAACCUUAACCUAACCUUGUUAAUUGGUUCAUGUAAAUAUACACAACACCGUGUUUGAGCUUGAUCUGAGACCAGUGACGUGUUUACCAUGAUUUGGCAGUUGCCCGAUAAUUUUAAAUAGGUGGGCCAUGUGGGUAGGUGAGUACCGGUUGGGUGUUACACUGGAUUCAGUGUGAAAUUGAAGUACAAGACUAACUUCAUAUGAAUAUAAUAUUUAAUAAAAAUAAUGACUUCAAUAAUAAGUAUUAUAUUAAGUAGUCUAGGGGUGGUAGGUCAUUCAUAACAUUAAUCAACCGAUAAGAUAUUUCACUUCACCACGCCACUGCCGUGCACUCAGAUAAUUAUAUUUAUAUUUCUUUUUUAAUUUAAUAAAUACUGGCAAGUCCCACGGACUUUUUAAUCAACUCUGUUUGACGUUGGUAUUUUUGAUAAUUAUAGUAAAUUAUUAUCUCACCGCGGUAAACGUUCUGACAUUGUGCACUAUAAUAUUAAUAUCAUAACGUAAUGGCACCCCAGAGACAGUGGCGUCCGACGGGGGUGCAAUUCAUCAACUGCAGCGUAUACGCGAUAACAACGACUGCACUACGUAGUUAUAGUAAUAAUAGUUGACUGGACACACACGAGCACAUAACAGAGCUGAUGGUGAUAAAAUGUCGUUAUAAUAGUUAUUAUACUACCUAUUACGUGCUUAGACCCGAAGGGUUCAGGGGCGGUGCCGCGGUGGGGAGAUAGCGUGCCGGUCGACAUAAUAUUAAAGGAGCAGACCACGACCACGAUCCGAUGGAGUUGGCCGCGGCGAACGCAACCGUUUCGUCGUCGUCCGCGACGCCGGUGCUUCCGGUUUUCUGGGUUAACUUGUUCACGUACGUGUUUUACAUAUUCGGCAUUUUCGGCAACCUGUUGUCGCUGUUAACGCUGCACCGGGCCCGGUCGGGCGCCAACAAGAGGCACGUGUUCAUGUUGCAUUGCCUGCUCACCAACGAUUGCUUCCUGUUGGUCGGCCAUCUAGCACUGACGUUCGUGCACAACACGUGGAUGAAUAACAACAACAACUUGUGGAUGUGUCGGAGUUGCGUUCUGUUUCGGUUCUUCGUGUGGGGCACCGUGUGCGCGGCCAUCGUGAUGGCCGUCGACCGCUGGCUGGCGCUCACCAAACCGUUUUUUUACCUAAAGCACAUGAGCUUUCGUCUAAUGAAACGAACGAUAGUCAUACUUUGGUUUGAAGUACUGUGUUUGGUGUGCGCACCAUUCUUUGGAUUCGGUCUCUACUGGGAUGAGACCCAGUGUAAGGAUUUUCAAGACGCCGAGAAGCCUCUGGACGUGCUAUACUUUUACUUAUACUUUGGUCACGGUGUUAUUCUUACCAUCGCAAUGGUUUACACGAACUUAGCCGUUAUGAAAGCUCUGUGCGUGAAGGACAGUAAUAUUCAGAACAACCACAACGAGUUGAUUAGACAUAUCAACCGCCAAGGAACGUCGAUGACUCGCAACUGGCUCACCGAAGAAGAAAGAUCGUUUGGGUGGUUCGUGUUGUUGGUGUGCGUCGGGUUUGUCACAUUAUGGGUCCCGCAAAUGUUCGCAACACUGUUGACCAGGUUUAUCGAGGAUAAGUCGGUGAUUAAGCAGAUCAAAAUGGCUGCGGGAGUGCUUCUGGCCAUUCACUUCGUGCUCAACCCGUACUUGAACGUGCUCCACCACUGGAAGUUGGUAAAGUCCACCUGUUCGCGGCCGAAGAACAUCAACGCCAGCGGUGGUAGCGCGAGUGGAAGUCGCAGUGUUUCCUUGAGAAUGACCUACAAAGUAUCUACGCCACAGCUGCUCUGAUGACAAUGGAUGCAGUCCAGUGGAGGAUCUAGAAUUUUUUUUUUGAUGGGGGCCCAUUAUCUUUUUCCAAGUUUUACGACACAAAUAUUUAAAAAUGGCCCAAUUUAUUAACCUAGAUGCUAGGCCAAUGGGGGGGGGGGAGGGGGCACCUCUGGCCCUCCUUAAAUCUGCCACUGCUGCAGUCUGCUGUUGCACGCGUGUGUUUGGGCAUUACCAAUUACCGUGUAUAUACAAUCAUAAGAUAUUAUUUAAGUACCUCCUAUAAAGUACUUAUAAUUAAUUUGCAUGUUAAGUUAAGGUAAGUCCCACGUCGCUGGUAUAUCUGAGUAUCUGACCAACACCGGUCAGCGGCCACUGAAGACAUUACACGCCAGUCGUCUGGGCCUGGGUGGUAUCAUAUUAUUGUGUACGAUUGUUAGCUCAUAACUGCAGGCUGCAGCCGUGCAGGAUUGUUGGGAAGCUUGACACAAUUCAAAGUAUAUAUCACCAAUGUCGGUAGUCGGUUAUGUCUGCCGUCUGUGCAUGACAAAUUUACCAGAAAUCGUACUCAUAAAUCACGGAAACUAUAUUAUGUUCAUAUCAAUUUCUUUAAUAAUUUUUUUUCAAAACUAUAAAAUUUGUUACUUUAAAAUGUAUUUUUUUAGUAUUAUAAGUUAUUGCCUAUAUGGUUAAAAAAAACGUUUGAAUUAAUGUGUAAAAAUGUUUUAAAUUGUACAGAAACCUAAGAAUUAAAUUAUCAAAUAAUUAUUGUA